GCUGCAAUCAUUCAUCAAUUUUAUUUAUUUAUUUUGUUUCCUUAAACACCUUCUACCGGUUCAAGUCUGCACCAGAUUCUUGGAAUUCGUUUUUUGAGUGCUAUAUGGAGGUGGUGGCUGCAAUAGUUGGUUCAGUUCUUACUGAAUCUUUUCGAUUUCUGCAUGAACCCAUCACUUCUAGGAUUAAGAAUCAGUUCAAGGUUCAAUCAAACCGCAAGAAUCUUGAGGAAAAGAUGAAUCUUUUGUCAAAACUCGAGCAAAGCUUGGAUCUUGAUGAGCGGCUGCGAUACUCUCCAAGAACCCAAGUCCAAGAUUGGUUAAAGAGAGUUGAAGAAUUGAAGAAUGAGUUCGAUCUGUUUCAGGCAGGUGCUGAGAAGAAGAUGAAUAACACCUCGUUUGGUUGCCUUCGCUGCCUCGAUUUCAAACUCGGCAAUAAUUUAGCAAGAUUGAUGCUGAAAGCUAAUAAGCUCGUUGGAGAAAGAGAAGCAUUUGAUAGUAGCAUUUAUAGGCUUGAACCAGUUGAGCACAUUCCUGGGCCAUCUGUGGUUGGCCAAUGGACGGCAUCGAGGAACUUGGAAGGGAUCAUGAAGCUUCUGAGAGAUGAUAGUGUUAAGAGGAUUGGGGUUUGGGGUAUGGGAGGCGUGGGCAAAACGACUCUAAUCAGGAAUCUCAACAAUAAGCUUGAGAGUCCAGGAGACAUGCUUUUUGGCAUUGUGAUAUGGGUUGUAGUGUCCCAGCACGGAAGCUUGAAGACCAUCCAAUCGAGAAUUGCAGAGCGAUUGGAGAUGCAGAUCGGGAUUGGAGAGAGUGAUGAAAGAAUCGUCAGUCGAUUGUGCAGUAGACUGAGGGAAAGAUGCUUUCUCAUCAUUCUUGAUGACGUGUGGGAUGCGAUUGAUCUAGACAAGGUGGGGAUUCCUCGCCUUGAAGGCCUUACAGGCAGCAAGGUCAUACUUACAUCUCGAUCGCUAGAGGUUUGUAACGAAAUGGAGACCGAUCACAACUUUGAAGUGUGUUGCCUGCGUGACAACGAGGCUUGGGACUUGUUUUCCGAGAAAGUAGGGGAAGAAGUGGCCAAUGAUGAUGAAAUCAAGCCACACGCGGAGAAGGUUGUUAAGGAAUGCCAUGGAUUGCCCCUUGCAAUCACCAUAGUAGGGGCAUCAAUGAGUAAAAAGAGACGUGUUUCACAGUGGCAAGAUGCAUUGGGGUACUUACAGAGAUCGAUGCCUCUUAAUCCAAAGGUUGAAGACAAAGUCUUCAAACCCCUUAAGUUAAGCUAUGAUUUUUUAGAGAGUACGGAAGACGAGCCUUUGAAAUCCUGCUUCUUGUUCUUGUGCUUGUUUCCGGAGGACUAUGAAGUUCCUCUUCAAAGACUAGUCCAAUACUGGCUUGCUGAAGGCUUACUCGAUGAGCGCAAAAAUUAUGAAGAAUUGCACAACAGAUGUGAUACCAUUGUUGAGAAACUAAAAGCUUUUUGCUUGCUGGAAUGUGGCAUUAUCGAUCCAAGUCAUGUGAGAAUGCACGACGUAGUUCGUGAUGUUGGGAUAUGGAUAGCAACCCAUGAAUGCAAAUCCAUUGUCCGUGCUGGAGAGUGUGAGUUGACUGAAAUAUCACUAGAAGUGCUUGAAAAUUGUUCCAACCGUGGAGUAAAGAGAGUUUCUUUCGUGGGUAAUGAUAUAGAAACCUUGCCAAGCUGCGAGGUACAAUGCCCUGAAACGUCUACUCUAUUAUUGCUAGAUAAUUUGCACCUCCGCGAAAUGCCCAGCUCUUUCUUACUUGGAUUCCCAACACUAAGAAUUCUGGACCUGAGUGAGAGCAAGAUCAAAUCUUUGCCACAAUCCCUUGCUAACCUUGCUCAACUUCGAACUCUAGUUUUAAAAAGGUGUUAUCAAUUGACUGAGUUACCCCCCUUUGAAGCACUUGGAAGGCUGCAAGUGCUUGAUUGCAGUUACAGUGGUCUCACUGAGCUGCCACAAGGCUUUGAAAAGCUAACAAACCUACGCCAGUUAGACAUAUCUUGCACUCAUAAGUUGCAGAGAAUUCCUACUGGGAAAAUUUCUAACUUAUGCAUCCUCGAGUAUCUUAAUGUGAUGGGUAACGCUACCGGAUGUGGCAUGAGCAGAGAGAGCGAAAACAGCAUCAUAGACUUUGAGGAAUUGUUGUGCCUACAAGAGUUGAUGGCCUUGUGCAUAGACAUAGCGGGCAUUCCUCGUGUCACUGCAGUGCAUGUUAAUUGGCUCAAAAGCAUCAACUUUUUUGCUGUUCAUGUCUCUCCUGAUGGAAGGAACCCCAAGAUUCCAGCUACCGUCAAUAGCAAGGAAGUCCAUUUUUGUGGCCUUCAUUUUGCAGGAGACGAAUCUGUUCCGUGGCUAUUAGCAAAUACCUUCUCCUGCAGCAUCAUUAAGUGCAAGGGAGUUGAACUCAUGCUGAGUGCCCUAGUUAGGAACAAUGCGCCCUUUUCUCACUUGAAACGUCUAACCAUGUCAACUUGUCACAUCUCUGUCGUCAAAACACUGCCCAUGCGGAGGCCAAAAUUUGACUUGUUGCCUAACUUAGAGGCACUUUAUUUCUACAAGUUGACGGGCGUGGGAAGCGUUUCAGACUUGAGUCAUUUUCUCGGGCUGCGUUUCACUAAUUUAAAACGUCUAGAUGUUGUGUACUGCAAUCAACUGGAGUGUCUUUUGGCAGUGGAUGAUAUUGAAGGGGAGGAGAACAACUGCGUAGAAAAACUGGAACAGAUUAACAUAAAGCAUUGCUUCAGGCUGAGACAAGUGUUCAAGAACACAUCCUCCUCGUGCUGCAAACCAUUUCCAAACCUACGCUCCUUGGAGUUGGAAACGCUUCCUGAACUAGUGCAGAUUUGCAAUGCUAAUGUGUGUUCACCAUGGGAGAGUCUAACGCUGCUUGAUGUGAGAGGAUGCAACAGGUUGAGAAAGCUUCCUGUUGGCAUCCAAAGUGCGCGCCCUCGGAGCACUCUAUUGAUAAGAGGAGUGAAUGGAUGGUGGAAUGAUCUGGAAUGGGAUAGGCCCGAGUCAAAAGUUCGCCUGGGCUCGCACUUUACACCAUUGAGUUGAACGGUUUUUGGCUCUCGUAAUCGAUUCUUUUCCCCUUCUCUUCGGACCCAUCAGCUCUAGGAUCAAGAAUCUGUCCAACUUCUAUUACUGCCAAUUCUGUGAAGUGACCAUUUUUUGUUCAGCUGUGUUUUAGUUAGCCUUUCUAGUCCUCCAAACUUAUAAGGAAUUAAGGAUGGUGACUUUC